UAUUUAACCAUCAGGCCUGUUAACAAAGUCUACGACCUCCAAAUUCGUCUGUCUUGUGGCGAAAGCCACGUACUAAUAUUGAUGAAUGUAAAUAGUCAUCAGGAUACAACAAGGUCUUUAUUUUGCUUGUCAUAAAAUUGUCAGCAAAAUGACAACCUUUGAUCCAACGGAACAUCAGCAUAUUCGAUAUAAUCCAUUAAAAGCUGAAUGGGUCUUAGUUUCCCCACAUCGUGCCAAAAGACCAUGGAAAGGUCAGGUAGAGAAACUACCAGAAGAUAAUAUACCUAGAAAAGACAGUAGUAAUCCAUUAUGCCCUGGUUCCACAAGAUCAAAUGGAGAGGUUAAUCCAGAAUAUGAAGGAACAUUUGUAUUUAAGAAUGAUUUUGAAGCCUUACUACAAGAUGGGCCCCCACCAGAGAAAAGUGACGAUCUAUUAUUUCAAGCUGCACCAGCCUAUGGAACAUGUAAAGUCAUGUGUUUCCAUCCCUGGUCAGACAUGACGUUACCUAUAAUGCAAGAUAAAGAAGUUAGGGCAGUAGUUGAUAAAUGGGCAGAAAUAAAUCAAGAACUUGGCCAAAAAUUUCUAUGGGUGCAGCUAUUUGAAAACAGAGGUGCUAUGAUGGGAUGUUCUAAUCCACAUCCUCAUUGUCAGGUUUGGGCAAGUUCCUUUCUUCCAAAUGAGUUAGCAGUUAAAGACAGAACACAGAAAGAAUUCUAUGAUAAAUAUAAGAAACCAAUGUUAGUUGAUUAUACAGAAAAAGAAUUAAGUAAAAAGGAACGUGUUGUUAUAGAAAGCAAGCAUUGGGUUUGGUUAGUACCCUAUUGGGCUGUUUGGCCGUAUGAAACUAUGUUAUUACCAAAGAGGCAUGUUUUACGUUUAGAAGAUUUAAAUGAUGAAGAAAGAGAUGAUUUAUGUAUAAUAAUGAAGAAAUUAUUAUCAAAAUAUGAUAAUAUGUUUGAGAUAUCUUUUCCGUAUUCUAUGGGAUGGCAUGGGGCACCAACUGGUGAGAGGUUAAAGACCAACAAUGAUCAUUGGCAGCUUCAUGCUUUGUAUUACCCCCCUUUACUGAGGUCAGCGACAGUUAAAAAGUUUAUGGUAGGAUAUGAAAUGCUAGCACAAUGUCAGCGAGAUCUGACAGCCGAACAAGCAGCAGAAAAACUUUGCAAUCUUUCUGAUGUUCAUUAUAAAACAAAGAGUUAACAAAGAAACAAUUUUAGGAGUACCUGUACAUCUGAUAAAAUAUUUUAGGGAUGCAGCCUUUUCAUUGGUUGAAGGUAAAAAUCCCAGUACAAGCCCUAAGCCAAUGAAAAUGUGUCAUUCUUAAAAUACUUUAGAUUAAGUUUUUUUUCAUAAGGUGUCAGGACUCAAACUUUGCUUGAAUAGAAGAAACAUGUUAACUGUCUGCAUAAAUAAUAUGUUGGUAUCAGUAUUUAGCUAAUUGAAGGAAUUUUUAAAUUUUGGAUUGUUCGAUGUAUAGUGAGAGAGGAAUAUACUCUUAUAAACUUUAUGAGAUUAGAUCUGCCUGUUUGUAAUUUUGAAUCUGAAUAUGGAAUUGUCUCCUUUACACACUAUCUAAGUCAGUUUAGAAAAUGUCUAUUUUAGAAUGAUGUUUCAGUUUGUUUUGUUUUUUAAAGCAAAUUUUUAGAGUUAUAAUAUAUAAAUUAAAAUAUAUAUAUAAGUUUCAUAUAUGAAAUAUAUGAAAUUUACGGUUUGGUGAUAUUUACAUCAUUGUUGUGACUGUAUAAGUAUAGAUAUUUUAUAUGAGGUCGAUCUCAUUAUAAAUGAGUUGUUUAUUGACACCUUUACACACUAUCUAAGUCAGUUUAGAAAAUGUCUAUUUUAGAAUGAUGUUUCAGUUUGUUUUGUUUUUUAAAGCAAAUUUUUAGAGUUAUAAUAUAUAAAUUAAAAUAUAUAUAUAAGUUUCAUAUAUGAAAUAUAUGAAAUUUACGGUUUGGUGAUAUUUACAUCAUUGUUGUGACUGUAUAAGUAUAGAUAUUUUAUAUGAGGUCGAUCUCAUUAUAAAUGAGUUGUUUAUUGACACCAGAAGAUAAUAAAUUAUAACUACUUGUUGUGCCAUAAGAAUCAGUCUUUAUUAUUUGUUAUGUAGAAUUUACAUCUCCUAUAUUUAGAUAAUAAUAGAGAAGUUGUAUCUUAUAUACUACUCGCCAUCAAAGGCUUUUUAUGCAUCAAUAAUAACAAUCUUAAUGAUUUUGGUAAGGGAAGCAUAACACUGAAAUUUCGGUAUUAUUUUCCAAUCCAAAGCAAUCCCCGAAAAAAAUAAUCGAUGCCACUGGGAAUACCGAGGACUAAUAUACCGAAUUCGGCAAAAUCAAAUGAGUACGCCAUCGGGUAUUUCAUAUAUGAUUUUUAUACGCCCACAUUUUCAUGUGGACGUAUAUGUCUUCGCCCCUGUCCGUCCGGACGUCCGUAUGUCUGGACGUCCGUCCGUCCAUCCUUCCAUCCACAAUUGUUUGUGGACUCUCUACAGGUCACAAUUCUUAUCCGAUUUUGACGAAACUUUAAAUAUAAGUUAAUCCCCAAAAUAUCUCGGCUACUUUCGAUAUUGGCAUGUAUCGGAUCAAAACUUCAUGGAUUAUGGCCCCUGUUUGUACGAAAAAUCACGUUUUUAGCUUGUGGACCCUAUAGAGGUCACACUUUUUAUCCGAUUUUGUUGAAACUUGAAAUGUAAGUUUAUAACACAAAGAUCUCGGUUCCGUUCGAUAUUCGCGCAUAUCGGACCGUAACUUCCUGAAUUAUGGCCCUUGAUUGUACGAAAAAUCACGUUUUUAGCUUGUGGACCCUAUGGAGGUCAUAAUUUUUAUCCGAUUUCAAAAAUCGUAUUAUUAUAUCACCGUUACACCCUAAAGACGUCUGAGUUCGAAUUUCGUGAAAAUCGGCCCAAAACUGACAGACAAAAUGGCCGCCCUUCGUUCUCAAAUAGCGUAAAAAAUAUGGUAUAUCAAGGCUGUGGACCCUAUAGAGGUCACAAUUUUUAUCCGAUUUUGUUGAAACUUAAAAUGUAACUUUAUAACCCAAAGAUCUCGGUUCCUUUCGAUAUUCACGCAUAUUGGACCGUAACUGCCUGAAUUAUGGCCCCUGAUUGUACGAAAAAUCGCGUUUUUAGCUUGUGGACCCUAUAGAGGUCACAAUUUUUAUCCGAUUUAAAAAAAACGUAUUAUAAUAUCACCGUUACACCCUAAGGACGGCUGAGUUCGAAUUUCGUGAAAAUCGGGCCAAAACUGAUGGACAAAAUGGCCGCCCUUCGUUCUCAAAUAGCGUAAAAAUAUGGUAUAUCAAGGUUGUGGACCCUAUAGAGGUCACAAUUUUUAUCCGAUUUUGUUACAACACGAAAUGUAAGUUUAUAACCCAAAGAUCUCGGUUUCUUUCGAUAUUCGUGUCCGUAACUUCCUGAAUUAUGGCCCCUGAUUGUACGAAAAAUCGCGUUUUUAGCUUGUGGACCCUAUAGAGGUCUUAAUUUUUAUCCGAUUUAAAAAAUCGUAUUAUAUCACCGUUACACCCUAAGGACGGCUGAGUUCGAAUUUCGUGAAAAUCGGCCCAGAACUGACAGACAAAAUGGCCGCCCUUCAUUCUCAAAUAGUGUAAAAAUAUGGUAUAUCAAGGUUGUGGACCCAAUAGAGGUCGCGAUGUUUAUCCGAUUUUGUUGAAACUUGAAAUGUAAGUUUAUAACCCGAAGAUCUCGGUUCCUUACAAUAUUCGCGCAUAUCGGACUGUAACUUCCUGAAUUAUGGCCCCUGAUUGUACGAAAAAUUGCGUUUUUAGCUAUAGAGGUCAUAAUUUUUAUCUGAUUUUAAAAAAACGUAUUAUUAUAUCACUGUUACACACUAAGGACGGCUGAGUUCGAAUUUCGUGAAAAUCGGCCCAAAACUGACAGACAAAAUGGCCUCCCUUCGUUCUCAAAUAGCCUAAAAAUAUGGUAUAUCAAGGUUGUGGACCCUAAUUUUUAUCUGAUUUUGUUGAAACUUGAAAUGUAAGUUUAUAACGCAAAGAUCUCAGUUCCUUUCGAAAUUUGCCCAUAUCGAAUUGUAAUUUCCUGAAUUAUGGCCCUUGAUUGUAGGAAAAAUCACUUUCUUUUUAGCUUGUUCUCUAUCCAUCUCUCGAAAAUGUUGACGUAUCCUGCCUGGCAGCCGCUGGUUAGAAUUAAUGUUUGAGAAUUGAGAAAAGGAUUCCAGUGUGUGUUACCCACGGUUCUUAAUCCAUUUUGAAAUGAACCGGCCAGAAUUGGGUCAAAUGCGGUCCCGUAGGAAAUGGGUUAAUUAUAAGCUUCCAUUCCCUUUAAUAUAAUUAGACUUCAACAAAAAUAAUUGUUGGUAAUUUGUUAUGGAGAUCAUGUAUUUUAAUGUAUGUGAUUACCACAAAAAUAACGACAUAUUUAAUUCACGUACCAGCUUGAAGUUCACGUCAGUAAUAUUCCAGAAUAAAUUACUGUCAUCGUUUAUUGGAUGAAACGUUCGCGUUUCAUAAGUUGAUGAUCUAAAAUAUUAGCAUUUUUCUACUAUUGCCAGUAUCAGAAUAUGCCGUUACCUGAUAAAACGAAAAAUCACGUUUUUAGCCCGUGGACACUCUAGAGGUCACAAUUUUGAUCCGAUUAUGAUGAAAUGUAUGUUUAUAACCUACAAAUCUUAGUUCCCUUCAACAUUCGCACAAAUCGAAUUGUAAAUUCCUGGAUUAUGGCCCCAGAUUGUACGAAAAAUCGUGUUUUUAACUUGUCGGUGAAGUGUCAAAAGGGUUAUCUCGGUAAAUUAGUCAAAUACACUUUUUUGCAUUUUUAAACUCUCCCAAUUAAUAUGCACAUUUCUGUCUAAGCUGUGUGUCUCUACGCCAAUUAGAACUGUUAUGGGUAUCAUGUGUCCAAAUGUUGUAUCUUGGUUUGUGGAAAUUUUGAAAUGCAAAAGGUUCUAUUUCUUAAUCUUUAGAAAUUCUUAGAUACACCCUUUUGACACUUCACCGACGUUGUGGUCCCUCCAGAGGUCACAAUUUUUAUCCGAUUAAAAAAAAACAACAAAAAACCCCGUUAAAAUAUAUCACCGUUACAUCCUAAAGAUUGAUAGUUCGAAUUUCGUAAAAAUCGGACCGAAACUGCAGGACAAAAUGGCCGCUCCUCGCACGGAAAUAGUGUAAAAGAAUGGUAUAUCAAGGUUGUGGCCCCUUUAGAUUUUCAUGAAACUUUAAAUUUAAUUUUAUAUCACAAGAUCUAGAUUCCUUUCAAUAAUGCGGUAUAUCGGAACGUAAUGUCCUGGAUUGUGGCCCCUGAUUGUUCGAAAAUUCACGUUUUUAGCUUGUAGACCAUGUGUAUUAAAUUUUAAAAACCGUUACAACUCAAAGAAGGGUGAGUUCGAAUUUCGUAAAAUUCCGACCGAAAAUGCCAGACAAAAUGGCCGCACCUUGUGUAAAAGUACGUAAUACCAAGGUUGUUGACAAUCUAGAAAUCACAAAUUUUUAUCCGAUUUUGAUGAAACUUGAAAUGUAUGUGUAUAACAUAAGGAUCUCGGUUCAUUUCGAUAUUCGUGCAUAUCAAAAAUCAUGUCUUUUAGCUUGUGAAUCCUUUAGACGUCACAAUUUUUAUCCGCUUUAAAAAGAAAACAAAAACAAACAAAAACGUUUGAACAUAUCACCGUUAGACCCUAAUGAUGGAUGAGUUCGAAUUUCGUAAAAAUCGGACCGAAACUGUCCGAAAAAAAUUGCUGUUACUUGUUCGCAAAUAAUUUAAAAGUAUGUAGGCUAAUACCAAGGUUGUGGCACCUCGGGAAGUCACAAUUUUGAUCUGAUCUUGAUGAAAUUUGAAAUAUAUGUUUAUAUCCAAAAGAUAACAGUGCCUUUCGAUAUUCGUGCAUACCGAAUCGUAUCUUCUUGGAUUAUGGCCCCGGAAAUCGCAUUUCUUUUUAACUUGUUAUCUGCCCAUCUAUUGCAAAAUGUUAAAUGACAACCGCUGGUUUAAACACUUGAAGGAAAUGUGUUAGGAACGAUCACUUCAGAGGCAGUGCACGCAUCAUUUGCGUACGGACAUUCUGAUUUAGAAAAAUGAGAUGAAGAAUCCCAUUGAUUUUAGAUCAUUAAUUUUGCUUUUAGUCUAGAGGCUAAAGUUAGUAUCCCAUUGAUUUGAAGAAGUCUAACAUAUCUCUAUUCCGAUAAUGACUUCUUGGAUUGUUGCCCAUAAUAAAUUUUAGUGUUUUGUACAAAAGAUUCGAAAUAUGAUCUUUUUGUACUACUGCUAUCCUCUCUGUUAAACUUGAGCCUCUAAUAUUAUUUCAUAUGAAGAGUGAUUUUUUCGGAUGAGAUUUGGUGCGUGAAUUCUUGUAAAGGGCUCUUUACAUGCAUAGAUACGGCAACAAAAUAUAAUUUGUGUGGAAUCUCUAUUUAUUUAAUGUAAAUAAAUUGAUAUCAAACAU